AUGGACCGACCGAUGAACCGUUUUGGUUCGACUCAUCUGUCUGGCGCGCUGCCGCUGUGCCAGAUCACGACACCCUCCCGUGCCGACGGCUGCCAUAUGAACCGCCCAUGUGCAUCCCGGGCAGCUGCAAGAGGAUGUGUGUGCUCAAUGCGCAAGGGCGAUCCGCUGAUGGCGCACUACAUUGAAAGCCAUCCUGUACAUGCCAACGAAAAUUUGACCACCUUUUUUCCCAGCGCUGUUUGCUGCGACUGCGGCCACUGGUCCUUUAAUCGCGUCUGCGCCAAAAGGCAUCGCUCUAUGAAGCAUCGUGAUGCAAUAACGCAUCCCCCCAAGGAUUUCUUCGUCGUGUUCCCUUUUCCGGACGAUGUCUGUAUCCCUUCUGCUCCGAACGCCACGGCGCUUCGGGAGCAAGCAUUUAUCUCGGCGGUAUUUCAUAUCGUUCGGAUUGCAGACGAGUUCAAGCUUGCGAUGUGGGCAUCGAACAAUGAGGAAGGACGUCGUGCCCGUCUCAAGAUACCCUUGGGACCAGGUUAUUCGCGUUUUCGGGGUCUCGAUCCGAGCCUAGCAGAUACACUCGCAAGAUAUCAAACGAGUCCUGGCGACGAACGUCUUUUCGCCCUGUGUCGAGAGCGGUAUACAUGUGAUAAGCGGGUCGACAACGGACAAGGUCAAGAAGUUGGCCUCGUGCGCAAGGUGCCUUCAAAGGAUAUUGCCGAGAAAGGCGAAAUCAUCUACGCACAGCGACACCUCCAGAUCUGUGCUUUUCUGACUUGCCUCGGCUCCAGUCUGCGCCCUUUCGUGAAUAAGCUCCGAGCUGCUUUUUCGGGUGAGAAACAACACGAACUGGGGCGGCCUCCCGCGCCUGGACUGGGGCCUGCGGAAGAAGCAGCCGAGUUGUUGUUUUUCGCAGAGGCCAUGAUCGCCAGCACGUAUCUGCACCUGAAGUCGGUGCGGGCAGAUAUGUUGUCCAUCUCCAUGCACUUGUCGCGCAAUAAUCAGACCUCAAACCGGAUUUUGAAGGUCUUGUUCGCAACACUUGGUUCUCUAUUGGAUUGGUUUUCGGAGGAUUUCCCUGAAAAUUGUGAACCUGGCGAACAAGGCACAUCCGGUUACCAGCCAGCUGCUAUUUGGAUACAUCUGAGCCAUUAUUCCAAAACAUGGGAGUCCAUGCGACGCAUGCGAAACGCCGUAUUACAUGGCGUAUCCAUCGGUGCGCUCAAAAAAUACCGGGCAAAUGCAGAGCAAGGCACCAUCAUGGCAAAUUCCAUCCCUGAGAAAGCUUUGCUGUUCUGUCUUCAAGCCGAUCUGUCUGAUUCGGGGCACACCGACAGCGAAGUCCCAGUACUCAACGAUGGCCAAUCAAAAAAAACUAGGCGGCGGGUCAAGUCUCGCUCGCGUGCCAAACGCGAUAGUAUUGAUAUCGACUUUUUGGAUGAGAACAACGGCGACUUGCCUAUCCCAAUCAAGCGUGUUUUGCAGGAUUUCAAAGAUUACGGCGAGGCACAUGCGCGUGACCGGGAGGCUCAGGACGCGCGCCGUCGAAAAAAAGAUCGACGACGCUCCAAAAAAGACCGAGCACUUCUGCGCGAGGCGAUGAAGGUGAUCAAGCAGCAGAGCGUAGCGCAAGCCGAGAUGAUGAAGCAGCAGGGCGUAGCGCAAGCCGAGAUGAUGAAGCAGCAGAGCGUAGCGCAAGCCGAGAUGAUGAAAGAGGUUUUGGCGGUUUGCAAAACCCUUGCGCCGCCGACUGUGGCAUCCGCAUCGGGAGGUCCAUCGCCACCCACCCCUUCCUCCCCAACACGAAACGUGUAUUUUCGCAUCGGGGGUGACAUUGGACAAAUGAUCACCAAAUAA